AUGGGCAAGGACAAGAAGGAUAAUAAAGCUGCCGCUGGCAAGAACCAGAAGGGCGGCAAGAGCGGGAAAAAUGAAGAGGCUGAGCAGAAGCCUGCUAAGAUGAAGGGCGCCUCGAGCAUCAAUGUCAGGCACAUUCUGUGCGAGAAAGAGAGCAAGCUCCUACAAGCUAUCGAGAAGCUUGAAAAUGGUGAGAGGUUUGAUAAGGUUGCUGCUGAGUUCUCUGAGGACAAGGCCAGGCAAGGUGGUUUGCUGGGUUGGAAGGUCAAGGGAAGUCUUGAUAAGCAGUUUGAAGAGGCCGCCUAUCAGCUUGAGCCCAGCACGGUGGACAAGCCGAAGUGGGUGAAGGUUAAGACUCAAUUUGGCUGGCAUUGCAUCAUGGUUGAGGGUCGCAAGUGA